AUGGCAGCACCGGUUGAAGAGCGCAUCAGCGUUCCGAUAGAUGACCCAAAUGCAGAUACAGAAUGGAAUGAUAUCCUCCGAAAGCACAAGAUCAUUCCAGAAAAGCCGCCAUCCCCCACACCUUUCAUUGAAGAAGCUAUUCUUGAAGGACGACGUCUCGCACACGAGAACAGAUUAGAAGGCAAAGACCUCGACGAACUUGACGAACUUGAAGACCUAGAAGAUGAAUCCUUCCUAGAAAAGUACCGGCAGCAGCGGGUCCAAGAGCUCUCCUUCAUAGCCAAAGCCGCAGUGCACGGCUCCGUCUACCCAAUUUCGAAGCCCGACUACUCCCGAGCAGUCACAGAUGCAAGUAAAGAUGGACCAGUCCUUGUCAACCUGACCAGCGGACUGGGAACGAAUGUUGAAUCGCGCGUCCUGACAGAGUUAUGGCGACAAGCAGCGCGAGAGUACGGCGAAAUCAAGUUCUGUGAGAUCAGAGGGGAUAUGGCGAUUGAAGGGUAUCCGGAUCGGAAUUGUCCAACGAUUCUUGUUUACAACAAAGGGGAUAUUGUCAAGCAGAUCGUGACGUUGAUGACGAUUGGGGGUGUGAGGAUCGGGAUGGCGGAGAUUGAUCAGCUGUUAAUUGACAUUGGCGCUGUCAGAGAUAAUGAUGUGAGGAUAUUAAGGCGCAGGAGGGACAAGGAGGAUUUGGAAGAGGAGAAAAGGGAGAAAGGAGGGAUAAGGUCCGGUGGGAAACAGGCGAAUGUUGAGAGUGAUGAUGAUUGGGAUUAG